CCGGUCGGAGGUGUUUUCAAGUCGCACAAUUACUUCCGGUAACUUGUUAGCUAACAGAAGGUGAAAGUGCUGGUGUUUCUUUCUUCUUCGACUCUUUCGUCUUGUUUUGGGGUUUUUUGGAGGCGGAAACAUCGACAGAGAACGACUCGGUAACGCGAGAAACGAUGUUUCACUUUAAGUCUUACACAAAAAGCUGAAAAGUGUCAUUUUCAAUGAGCGGCUCGCUCACGUUGACAAGCUAAGCUAACCGGCUAGCACGCUCAGCUGACGCCUGGUGCCUGGGACGGAGGCACAGAACCCGGACUCUUGAGUGCAGGAGGUUGAGGCUGAAGCCCCAGCAGACUCCUCGGUGUUUCUCUGUGACGGAGAAGAUUCCCGGUUCAUGCGAGCUCCAGGCUCAGCUUCGACAGUUUAAUGGGAGGCGGGUUGUUUUGGAGGAGCGGACACUGCGGGCGUCAGCUGCAAGCACAGCCGGGGUCCUGGCUCCCUGUCGGGCUCAGAUGGAGUCUCUGGCCGGUUACGUGUACAAGGCAGCCAGCGAGGGCCGAGUCCUGACCCUGGCCGCGCUGCUGCUCAACCACUCCGAGGUGGACACCCACUACCUGCUGAGCUACGUGACCCACUUGUCCGGGCAGAAGUCCACCCCGCUCAUCAUCGCUGCCCGGAACGGACACGACAAAGUGGUCCGGCUGCUGCUGGACCACUACAGAGUGGAUACCGAACAGACCGGCACGGUUCGGUUUGAUGGCUACGUCAUAGACGGCGCCACAGCUCUGUGGUGCGCAGCCGGAGCAGGACAUUUCGAGGUGGUGCGUCUGCUGGUGAGUCACCAUGCCAACGUCAACCACACCACCAUCACCAACUCCACGCCGCUGCGGGCCGCCUGCUUCGACGGACGCCUGGACAUCGUCCGCUACCUGGUGGAACACAGCGCGGACAUUAGCAUCACUAACAAGUACAACAACACGUGCCUGAUGAUCGCCGCCUACAAGGGCCACGCUGAUGUCGUCAAGUUCCUGCUGGAGCAGGGCGCCAACCCCAACGCCAAGGCGCACUGCGGCGCCACUGCCCUGCACUUUGCGGCUGAGGCGGGACAUUUGGAAAUCGUAAAAGAGCUGGUGCGCUGCCAGGCGGCCAUGGUGGUGAAUGGACAUGGCAUGACGCCGUUGAAGGUGGCGGCAGAGAGCUGCAAGGCUGACGUGGUGGAGCUGCUGCUGCAACACGCCGACUGCGACCCCAGCAGCCACAUCGAGGCCCUGGAGCUGCUGGGCGCCUCGUACGCCAACGACCGGGAGAACUACGACAUCCAGAAGACGUACCACUACCUGCACAUGGCCAUGACGGAGCGCUACCGCGAUCUGGAAAGCGUCAUCGCCAAAGAGUUGUUGCCGCCCAUCGAGGCGUACGGUGGGCGCAGCGAGUGCCGGACGCUGCGGGACCUAGAGUCGAUCCACGCGGACAGAGACGCUCUGCACAUGGAGGGGCUGAUGAUCAGGGAGCGAAUCCUGGGCUCGGACAACAUCGACGUGGCCCAUCCCAUCAUCUACCGCGGUGCCGUCUACGCUGACAACAUGGAGUUCGAUCAGUGCAUCAAACUGUGGCUUCACGCUCUGCGCCUGCGGCAGAAAGGAAACCGGAACACGCACAAGGACCUGCUGCGCUUCGCCCAGGUCUUCUCGCAGAUGGUGCACCUGAAGGAGCAGGUGACGGCCUCAUCCGUGGAGCAGGUGCUGAGCUGCAGCGUUUUGGAGAUCCAGCGCAGUAUGACGCGGGUGGAGACGGCGACGGAGGCCGAGCUGCCGCAGGCCAUGGACAACUACGAGUCCAACGUCUUCACGUUUCUGUACCUGGCCUGCAUCUCCACCAAGACCACCUGCAGCGACGAGGAGCGCGCUCGCAUCAACAAGCACAUCUACGACCUGAUCCAGCUGGACCCGCGCUCGCGCGAGGGCUCCUCCCUGCUCCACCUCGCCAUCAGCUCCACCACGCCGGUCGACGACUUCCACACCAACGACGUCUGCAGCUUCCCCAGCGCGCAGGUCACCAAACUGCUGCUGGACUGCGGCGCGCAGGUCAACGCCAUCGACCACGAGGGCAACACGCCGCUGCACGUCAUUGUCCAGUACAACCGGCCCAUCAGCGACUUCCUCACGCUGCACGCCAUCAUCAUCAACCUGGUGGAGGCCGGCGCCCACACGGACAUGACCAACAAGCAAAAGAAGACUCCGCUGGACAAGAGCACCACAGGCGUGUCGGAGAUCCUGCUGAAGACGCAGAUGAAGAUGAGCCUCAAGUGUCUGGCGGCGCGAGCCGUGCGCCACCACCAGAUCACGUAUCGCAACCAAAUCCCCAAAAUCCUGGAGGAGUUUGUGGAGUUCCACUAAAAAACGCGACGUUGUUUUUAAACAGUCUCUUAUCGUUUUCUAAUGAAUCUAAACGGUGCUAAAGACGACGACGACGACGACGACGACGCCACCGCGAGGAAUAAAAAAAACUGUUUUGCCAUUUUUAUAAAUUAAAAAAAGUCGGUUGAUUUUUUUUUCUCCUAUAUUUUAAAUAUUAAUGAACUACCAGCUGACGGUCUGUCUGCGACGCCUUAUGUUCACGCCGUCACAGACGCCGCGUUGGCGGAGAAUUCUCACCUGUGUCAUCACGCUACAGUUUUUAUUUUUAAUAUGAAGAAGUAGUUUUCACUGUUCUUUUUGUUUUUUUACAGUGGACAGAAUUUGCCUCCUGGACUUUAUAUUAAUCAGGUUUUUACUUAAUUAUUCUAUUUUGAAAUCCCGCCGCCUCCCCUCUUUUUUUAUAUUGAAGAGGAUCUUAAAGAUGUAGUUCGGGGUUUUUUUUAAGUGUGGUUGCAUGAGGUGCUGACACUGAGGUGAGCAAAAAAUGAUCUGUUAUUAUAAAAUGUAUACACCUACUUUUAAGUAAACUUUAGUAUUAAUGAAGAGAUUUGGGAGCAGGGACAUGUGCUCAAGGGUCAGGGUCAUGGACUAUGUCUCAGAAAUCACUCUCUAUUCACCAAGUUUGCCGUCUUGUCACGCUGUCUGUAUGAAUGAGGGAGCCCGACAGAGACACAAGGAGAAACUGAUUUAAGCACAAUGUUCACGUCUUUAUCUCACUGUUAAAUGAACAUUUUUGAAGUUUGUGUCCCUUCGUAAAACCACCGUCUCUCCUGUGGGAGAGUGAGUAGUUUACAAAGUUCAGUUUCCUGUCAGAAAAGUCUGUUCAACAGUGAGAUAAAGACGUGAAACAUUGUGAAUAUUUCACAGACAUAAUUUUACUAGUUACUAGUCGCGUGUGUGUGUGUGUGUGUGUGUGUCAGUACCUCACACAACCGCACUUUAAAAACAUAUAAACUUUGCCUUUAAUUAAAAAAGAAAAGCAGUAGUCGACAGUAAUGUUCGAAAAUAUGCUCACUAUAUUUAAAUGCCACGCUAAUGAAAGCAUUAAUGACGUGUCUGCUCAAACACAAAGAUCAGAGCCGUUUUUUUUUUCGUUUAUCUAAUGACAUAUAAAUCCUCAACCAGUGGAGGGAAUGAGAGGGUGAUUGUAGACACCACCUCACUCAGAUCAUGUGAUGUUCCAACCACAGCUGUAACAUCUCAUCUCACGGUUGCUACAGAAUGUUGAAAUAAUGUUUGUAUAAAUUCUUCCUUCUUAUUUGAGGCAUAAAAAGUAAAGCAUGACUUAUUUUUUAAUAUCAACAAAUCUGUAACAUACCAGUGGAGGAAAAGUGGGUGAAUAAAACCCUGAAACCUGA